AUGGUAUUCCUACUACUUCUGGAAGUAAUGUUGAUUCUCAUGGUCUACGUAACAUUGGAUACCAGGUUGCUUUCCAUGAUCUCUCCUGCUACCUAUGACCAUGUUAAGUUAUAUGAAGCUAUUUAUCCAAAAGUUUUGCUGCAACCUGCAACCAAGUUGAUGUCAUUGAUAUCCAUUGCCUUUGUUUACCACGUGUAUGUUCAAGAGCAGAACAACUGGGCUAUUGCUAUUGGACUGGGAGCCAAGUUCAAGUUGCUUUCCAUGAUCUCUACUGCUACCUGUAACCAUGUUAAGCCUCUGCUAACCAUGUGCAUCUCUGUGUUUGAAACUGCAACGGCAUUCUUACUACUUCUGGAAGUAAUGUUGAUGUUCAUGAUCUUCCCAACAUUGAAUCCCAGGUUGCUUUCCAUGAUAUCUCCUGCUACCUAUGACUAUGUUAAGCUGGACUGCAGCCUUGGGGCAAAUCUACUCAGUGUAGAAGAUGAGGAUUCUGAAACCUCAAAAGGAAAAAAGUUACAUCGGAGGUCUGAGAUUGUUGCUACUAGUUCUGGUGAUUUCAUCUUGAAGACCUAUGUAAGACGAAACAAGACUGACAGUUUUAAAACUUUGAAAGGCAACCCAAUUGGACUUAACAUGUUAAGCAACAAUAAAAAACUGAGUGAAAAUACACCAGCUGCAGCAUUAUGCUCUGGAACUGUAGUUCAUGGCAGACGCUUCCAUCAUGCUCAUGCACAAAUACCAGGCGUCAAAACAGCAGCUCAGAGGAAAGAAUAUCCACCUCAUGUCCAAAAAGCUGAAAACAACCCUGUAAUGUUAAGUCAUGUCCAAGGUGUAGAUCGUAUAAUGAAGAAAACAGAAGAGUCGGAAUCAUAUAUAGAGCCUGAAAUUAAGAGGAAAGUACAGCAGAAACGGCACUGUAGUACCUAUCAGCUAUCUCCACUUUCCCCUGCUUCAAAGAAGUGUUUGACCCAUUUAGAGGUAUCUGAACAGCGUGAAUGUUGCCCAAAAUGUGGAAAAGAAAAAGAAAAUCAGACCAAAUGCCAAAGUUGUGGUAUUGUUUUUCAUAAUGAUUUGCAAAGAAAUUGCAGACAAGCUAUAACUUUGCAUGAAUCCACUGGACCUUUACUAAGAACGUCAAUUCAUCAGAAUUCUGGAGGACAGAAGUCACAAACCACAGGAUUAACAGCCAAGAAGUUUUAUGGUAACAGUGUGGAGAAGAUUCCAAUAGAUAUUUUGGUGACUUGUGAUGCUAGUAGACAUAAUUACAUCCAGACUAAUGGAAAAGUCAUUCUACCUGGAGGAAAAAUACCUAAACUCACAAACCCGAAAGAACAAAAGACAAGCUUGUCAGAUCUGAAUGAUCCAAUCAUUUUGUCCAGUGAUGACGAUGAGGAUGAGAGGACUAGCAGAAGAGAGAGCAUAUCCCCACAGCCUGCAGACUCCGCGUGUUCUUCCCCAGCGCCAUCGACUGGAAAAGUAGAAGCUGCACUAAAUGCAAAUAUUUGCAGAACAGAGCAAGAAUCUAGAAGCAACCCAGCAGAUUCAGAGUUAAACACAGUUGUCAUACCAAGAAAAGCAAGAAUGAAGGACCAGCUUGGUAAUCCCAUCAGCACACCUCUAAAACGUCGCAAAAUAAACACUCACGGAACUUUAAUUCACUCUGUGUCACUGUCACCUCCCCUAAACUUUGGAAGUGUCAUUUUAAACUGCCGAAGUAUACGAGUUGGAACGCUCUUCCGACUAUUGGUAGAGCCUGUAAUUUUUUCUUUAGAGGCAAUCAAGAUACAUCUAGAUGCACCAGAUAGUGAUCCUGUAGAGAUUAUUUUAAAUACCUCUGAUCUAACUAAAUGUGAAUGGUGUAAUGUCCGGAAAUUACCAGUAGUGUUCCUCCAGGCAAUACCAUCAGUUUAUCAAAAGCUGAGCAUGCAGCUGCAAAUGAAUAAAGAAGAUAAAGCUUGGAAUGAUUGUAAAGGAAUGAACAGGUUAACAAGUUUAGAAGAACAGUACAUUAUUUUAAUUUUUCAAACUGGCCUUGAUCCUCAGGCAAAUGUGGUCUUUGAAAGUAUCAUUACUGACAUUGGUAUAAAGAAUAAUGUUUGCAACUUUUUUGCGAAAAUUCCUUUUGAAGAAGCCAAUAGCAGACUUGUUGCCUGUACAAGAAGCUAUGAAGAAAGCAUCAAAGGAAAUUGUGUGCAAAAAGAGAACAAAGUGAAAACUGUGUCCUUUGAAUCUAAAAUACAGCUCAGAAGCAAACAAGAAUUGCAGUUUUUUGAUGAUGAGGAAGAAACCGGAGAGAGCCACACUAUCUUCAUUGGCCCUGUAGAAAAAUUGAUAGUGUAUCCACCACCUCCGGCUAAGGGAGGCAUCUCUGUUACUAAUGAGGACCUGCACUGUCUAAGUGAAGGAGAGUUUUUAAAUGAUGUUAUUAUCGACUUUUAUUUGAAAUACUUGGUGCUUGAAAAACUGAAGAAAGAAGAUGCUGACCGAAUUCAUAUAUUCAGUUCUUUUUUCUAUAAACGCCUUAAUCAGAGAGAGAGAAGAAAUGCUGAGACAACUAACCUAUCAAUACAACAAAAACGUCAUGGGAGAGUAAAAACAUGGACCCGGCAUGUAGAUAUUUUUGAGAAGGAUUUUAUUUUUGCACCCCUUAAUGAAGCUGCACACUGGUUUUUGGCUGUUGUUUGUUUCCCUGGUUUGGAAAAACCAAAAUAUGAACCUAACCCCCAUUACCAUGAAAAUGCAGUCGUGCAAAAAAGUUCAGCUGCAGAGGACAGUUGUGUUUCUUCUGCCAGUGAAAUGGACAGUUGUUCACAGAACUCUUCUGCCAAGCCUGUGAUUAAGAAGAUGCUAAACAGAAAGCAUUGCUUAACUGUAACUGAGUCCAGUGCUGGACAGGAAGAAAGUGAGCCUUGUUAUCGGAGAAACACAUACAGUGUGAAAUGUAGUGUGAAAAAAAAAAACCAUGCUAUAAGUGAAAACGAAGAAUCAAGUAAUGGAAAAUCUUCAUGCCAGGAAGUUAUUGAUAGAGCUAAAAGUGAGAAUGGCCUACAGGAUGAAUGUUUAAAUUCUAUACAUCAUCCAGAUGCCUUAAGCAAAAUCAGACUAAACUACGGUGAUCAGUCAGCUGAAGGUGGCAAAAUGCUGGAAGAUGAACUCAUUGACUUCUCAGAGGAUCAGGAUGAGCCGGAUGAUAGCAGCGAUGAUGGACUCCUUGCUGAUGAAAACUACAAUUCAGAAAUAGGACAGUGGCAUUUAAAACCUAUUGUCUGUAAACAACCUUGUAUCCUCCUUAUGGACUCACUUAGAGGCCCUUCUCGGUCAAAUGUUGUCAAAAUUCUAAGAGAGUAUUUAGAAGUGGAAUGGGAGGUUAAAAAAGGAAGCAAAAGAAGUUUUUCCAAAGAUGUUAUGAGAGGUUCCAACCCCAAAGUUCCACAGCAGAACAACUUCAGCGACUGUGGCGUAUACAUUCUGCAGUAUGUAGAGAGUUUUUUUGAGAAUCCAAUACUAAAUUUUGAGCUCCCUAUGAAUUUGGUGAACUGGUUUCCUCCCCCCAGAAUGAAAACAAAAAGAGAAGAAAUCCGAAACAUAAUUCUGAAAUUGCAGGAAGAGCAGAGUAAAGAGAAGAAGCUGCUGAAGGACACUUUUUCAGCAGAAACAUCCAUAGGAGAAGGAGCAGAGCAGUAUGCCAGCAGUGUCUCAGAGUGACCAGGAAGCUGCGGCUCUAGCUGCAGAAAUCACAUGGCAUUCAACUUUGGUUAUAGACAGUAAAGAGCCAAAGUGCUCACUGCUCAGAGAUUUGGGGAGGGUUAAUGCUGUAAAAAUGUCACAUAAGUAAUUUCCAAAGGAUUAUGUAUUAAGUAAAAGUCUGUAAAUAUGUUUAAUGAGGCCAAUUUUUCCAACAUUUAUAAUUAUUUUUUUCACUUUUAGGAAACCUUUGUUAUGUAUUUUCUGUUAAUAAUACUAAAAUUGCAACUUCUAAACACAAAUAAACUAUUUAUAGGAGGAAAAAAAAA